GCUCACCUCCUUUUGUUUGAGCAAAACAGAAUAACAUUAUCUCACAGGUUCUCUUUUACAGCACGAGGAGAUAACAACUGGAGGAACUGGAGGUGUCCCGUAAACCAGGUUGGCUUCAGGAUGUUGUAAUCCUGAAAGCGACUAUAACAGAUGAUAGACGAUGAUCUCACCUGAGUGUUACAUUUAGCCCACCUGCUCUGCAUUCGUGAGGCCCUCGACAGCUGCGUGUGAACCAACAAUGUUCAGAUCAUCUGAGGCAAGCAGACGGCGUGCUAAUGGCCAGGCACUGGGCCGCGUCAGAGGGGUGGAGGUAGCUCGAGGAAGGACAGGUUACGGUUUCACUCUCUCUGGCCACUCACCCUGUGUGCUGAGCUGCGUCUUGAAAGGCAGUCCGGCCGACUACGUCGGCCUGCGUGCGGGAGACCAAAUCCUUGCUGUGAAUGACAUCAAUGUGGCGAAGGCAUCCCACGAGGACGUGGUCAAGCUGAUCGGACGCUGCUCGGGCGUGCUACACCUGCUCAUCUCCGAGAGCGGGCAGCUGGAUUCGUGCUCCAGCGACGAGGAGCUCGGAUUCCAUGAGCACAAAAGUCACUGGCUCCGACCGAAGAUGGACUCCAAGACUUUGGGAAUAAACCGUGCUGAGCGCGUGGUGGCCGAGAUGCAGUCUGGAGGGAUCUUCAACAUGAUCUUCGAGAACUCCUCCAGCCACUCCUCCAGCAGCUCGGAGAAAGCUGCUGCGAAACGGAGACCUAACUCUGAGCUGGACUUCCUGUGUGGAGACGCUGAGGCCCAGAGGAGCGACGUGAACCUCCUCUCAGAACAGGAACUGGCCAGAGUGCUGCGUGACGACUCCGUGUUUGUGGAUGUGUUUGAACCUGAGCGGCAGGAAGCUGACUCGGCAGGCAUCCUCAAUGUCGGUAUGAUUGUGGGCUACUUGGGUUCCAUUGAGCUGGCGUCGAGUGGUGCCAAUCUGGAGAGUGACAGUUUGCAGGCAAUACGUGGCUGCAUGCGCCGCCUGCGAGCUGAGCACAAGGUGCACUCUCUGGUGCUGCUCGAGGUGCUUCAUGACCGUGUACUCCUACGCAAUGAACGCCGAGCCAUCCUGGCCGCGUACCCGGCCGAGAAGCUGGCGUUUAGCGCCGUGUGCCCAGAUGACCGCCGCUUCUUUGGCCUGGUAACUAUGCAGGCUGCUGAGGAUCACGGCAUGAGUGCAAUUGCAGAUGAAGACCAGGGUUCGAGAACCUCCUGCCAUGUCUUCCUCGUUGAUCCUGAGCUCUGUCACCACAAGGUACAUCAAGGGAUCUCUCGGCGCUUCGGUUUUAACUGCACUCCAGAUCCGGACACCGGGGGCUGUUUGGAAUUCCCCUCAACAUCUCAGCCGCUGCUGCAGUUUGUAUCAGUGCUCUACCGUGACAUGGGCGAGUCCAUCGAAGGCGUGCGUGCACGAGCGUUCCUCGACGGUGACCUGGACGCUCAGCAGAACAACAGCACCAGCAGCAACAGCGACAGCGGAAUCGGCAACUUCCUGCCCGAAGAAAAAAACAACCGCGUCCUCUUGGUUGACCUCGGUGCCAAUCCUGCCCGCCACAUGCCCACUGGAUUAUGGGAAAGCGCACAGGGCUGUAGGAACCCCAGCGCCCAGGCUGGUCUCCCCUCUCCUCCUCCUCCUCCUCCUCCUCCUCCUUCUAUAACUCAUCGUAAUGGCUACAGGCACGAGUUCUCCGAGCCACACCCACACUCCCACACAGACCCGCCUCCUCUGUCCAGCAGACACUUGAGCUCCUCCUCCCGGCUGGACGUAUCCGGACUUCCAACCCGCCACCAUUUCCCCGCCCACUCUAAGAAGGGCGCAGGGGGCCAGCGCUGGCUCCCUGUCCAUGUCAUGAGAGAGUGGCAUCAGGGCCGCAGCAGCGAUCAGGAGUCCUACAGCGAGUCCACAGAUGGCUGGUCCAGCGCUAACUGCAGCACGCUGCCGCCUCCCAUGAGUAAGAUCCCGGCUGAUCGGUACCGCGCGGCGCGAGACAUCGCCUCCCAGCCCUAUCGGCUCCAUGCCCACAAGGACGAGUGGGCCAACAAGCUGUUUGGGACAGAGAAACACUUUUGCGAGCAACAGCAGCUUCCACAGCAGCACAAUGGCAAGAGGGCAAAAGACUCUGAGAAAAAGGGUGGAAGGUUCCGGGGCGUCACUAUGGGAUUUCCCCAACGCUCGUCUGGGAGGAGAUCGUUCGGCCGCUCCAAACGCCUCAGCGUGUCUCACUCACUGGACGACCUUGAGUCGGCUGCUGUCUCUGAUGGCGAGCUGAACAGCGCAGAUCUGAAGGGCUGCGGCAGUGACAACAGCCUGAACAGCAAUGCCAGUCUACCCAGCGUGCAGUGCCACAGACGGCACCCGGAGCGGCGCGUCGCAGCGUGGGCCGUCUGUUUCGAGCGUCUGCUGCAGGACCCCGUCGGCAUCCGUUACUUCUCAGAGUUUCUGAAGAAGGAGUUCAGUGAAGAGAAUAUUCUGUUCUGGCAAGCAUGUGAAUUUUUCAGCCAUGUUCCAGAAACGGACAAGAAGCAGUUAUCCCAGAAAGCGAGAGAGAUCUACAACAGCUUCCUGUCCAGUAAGGCCACCACGCCGGUCAAUAUAGACAGUCAGGCGCAGCUGGCCGACGACAUCCUCAACGCUCCGCGGCCCGACAUGUUCAAGGAACAGCAGCUACAAAUCUUUAACCUGAUGAAGUUUGACAGUUACACACGCUUCCUGAAGUCCUUCCUGUAUCAGGAGUGUAUGUUGGCUGAGGUGGAGGGCCGUCCUCUACCAGACCCUCACCACAUCCCCAGCAGUCCCACGUCCAAACAUAGCACCAGCUCAGAACGCUCCAACCUCUCUACACCCAAGAAGGAGGAGAAGAAGAGCAAAUCAGUGAAGGCGCUCAACGAGGAGUGUAAAGAUGAACACAGUGAUAAAAAGAAAGGAAGUUUAUUUCCCUGGCCCAGGAACCGAAGCUUUGGGAAAGGACACAAAAAGAAAGACCUCGGAGAGUACACCUUUUCAGGGAAUGACGGGCGCAGAGAGUCACAGGGUUCUUUAUCUUCUGGUGCGAGUCUGGAGCUCGGCAAUUCAGCUUCAGGAAAGAACGAGGGAGAGGUGUCGCGUAACUCCAUGUCAUUAUCGGAGCGUUCUGUGCGUUACUGUAACAUUAACCUGCCGGACGGGUCGUGUUGCUCAGUACCCAUAAGGCCCGGCGUGUCCAUCCGUGAGGUUCUGUUGGGCCUGUGUGAGAAACUCUGCAUCAACCUGGCAGCUGUAGACCUUUUCCUGGUGGGAGGAGAGAAGCCUUUAGUGUUAGACCAGGACUGCAUGACGCUGUGUUCCCGAGACCUGCGACUAGAAAAACGCACAUUAUUCAGGCUGGAUCUGGUGCCCAUAAACCGCUCUGUAGGGCUGAAAGCUAAACCCACCAAGCCUGUGACUGAGGUGCUGAGGCCAGUCGUGGCUAAAUACGGCCUGCACUUAGGAGACCUGGUAGCCAGGAUUAGUGGGGAGAAGGAGCCGCUGGAUCUGGGCUUGCCCAUUUCCAACCUGGACGGGCUCAGAGUGGUGCUGGAGGUGGAUGAACAUGGUGGCGCUGCAAAAGACAAACAGAAACUGACCUUGACAAAAAGCCACGGCCCGCCACUGUCCACACGAAGCCAGUCUGCUACAGCGGAGGACAGAUCAUCAGGAAAGGCUACGACUGUCAAAACCAGGGCCCAGGUGGAAAAGCGAAAACAGAAAAAGCUUAAUAUAGAUGAAGCUGAAGAAUUCUUCGAGCUCAUAUCCAAAGCACAGAGCAACCGAGCUGACGACCAGCGGGGUCUGCUGAACAAAUCCGACCUCGUCUUGCCUGACUUCCUGCGCCUUGACCCUGACAUGAGUCCCGGAGACGUCCCCAUCAGCUCCACCCCCGAUCCCCGCAAAUCCCGUCCACGCUGUAAAGAGAACGGCUCUGCCCUUAGCGCCAGCCACCAGACACAGAGCUUGGAUUCAGGUGUAGAAGGACCAGGUGGCAGGAGAGCCUUCAUGCCACUCCAUAGGAACCCCGCUCCCCGUAAACAGGCGGCGUUUGGCCCUACUCUCUCACCCCUCUCACACAGUCAUGGCGAGUGGAAGCGAGAGCGCGGGGCCCAGGCACUGGAGGAAGAGGAGCAUGGUACGGACCUGACGCUAGUGGGUGAAGGCGAUAUCGCCAUUCCUAACAGUCUGCUCCUCCCUCCAUCCCCUGUACCCUUCCCACGCUCCCCAGAUCGGCCCCGCCUCCUCAGAGAGGACGCUUACCAGGACAGCUGGGCUCAGCCAGGUACCUCUCCUGUGUGACCUGUGCUUUCCCUCAUGCUCACUCCUCUCAUGUUCUUCCUGAAGAUCUGCGUGUGUGUUUUAUCGAGUGCUGUGGACUUGCUGUUGUUCUUCUCUUUGCCAAACCUCGUCAAAGCCGCGACUCUCCCUUGUACAUACGUCACCCUCUAAGAGCACUUUACUGAACUAUUGGAAUAGAGACAUAGAGGUAUAUACAAAUGCUAACUAACAAGCUUUUACUGUCUUUGUUAGAAAGGUUUUGUAUGUCCAGUCACAUUUCAUGAUUCAACAUGAGAGUUGUUUGUCGUCAAGCUUCACUAUUAUAGGAAGCUCAGUAGAGCGGAUUCUAGUGUGUGUGAUUGUCAGUGAGUGAUUAACUACAGCCAUCAUGCUCUGUCUGGGAGUGCACACGCCCUCAAAAAACCACAGGAAUUAAAAGCAACAACCGUUGCACCACCUCCUGGCAUUAACCAUUAUGAGUUUACAGUCAUGAGACCUAAGACCAUAUUGGUGCUCUGAUAUCUGAUGCAAAAUUCCUACAACGGCAACACACAAGAGUGAUUUCACAUGAAUGAAGUUACACGCUAGUGUUGGCUCUGACCCUAACAUUAACCUCUCAAAAUCUCAGCUUAGAAAUUUUAGUUCUUGAUAUCUUAGAACAUAUUCUUCAAUAAUUACAGUGAAACUAAUAGGACAUGUACAGUACUGUGCAAAAGUUUUAGGCACAUGCAAAGAAAUGCUGAAGAGCAAAGAUUCCUUCAUAAUAAUGAAAUUAAAUGUUUCUACAUUUAAAAAAAAAAAUACAGUAAAGAAUAAAUGAAACAAAGUCAAUAUUUGGUGUGAUAUAAAAAUAAAAAUAGUUGUCUCCGGUACGAUUAGUGCCGUUUAUAAGGAAAUGAGCUGUAAGUUUUGUUGAGCAUCUUGCAGAACCAGUCACGGUUCUUCUCUAGACUUUGACUGUCGUACUUGCUUCUUAUUUUGGCAGCAAAACCCAGCAGCCUUCAUUUUGUUUGUUUUUGUUUUUUUAUCUGAAAAGUGUCUCCUACGUAAUAUGCUGCUUUCUUUACUUACAUACAAACAUUAUUCUGUAACAUUUACAAAAACAAUAAUGUUUUUGUGCUGGAAAACUAAUAUUUGGGAAUCUAAAAUGUUUUUGUACUGACUCGAUAAUGUAGAAGUCAUUUGUACUAAAAACAGUAGGGUGCCUAAAACUUUUGCACAGUACUGUAUGUAGUUAUGAGAUCAUGGAAUGUACGAUUGGACCCAAGAACAAAUCUUGGGAGUGUAAAGGAUUAACCGUUGGGAACGUUAUAUAAGCUGGACUGGAAAAUUCAUACGAGUUGACACCUAUGAUACCAUGCUGCCAUCCUGCCUAAUCUCGUGACAAGCCUUAACAGGUGCAGAACUAGACCAGUGACAAAGGCUGUCCUCAUGAGUUAUUGCAAAUGUAAAUUCCUGGCUUAAAGCCUGUUUUAGAGUUAUAAUAACAAGCGGAAGCCUCAGAAACAAGUCACCAGGUAAAAAUUUCUGACUUGCUGAAUUUGACCAUUUCACCUUAACAGAGGACAGGACUAUUUUAGAGUUUAAUGCUUGGUUAUUCUUUACUUUUCUAAAUGCAGUCUAGUAGUACUAGCCACAUUUCAGGCAACAGAUGCUGUAUUUACAUCUUUUCUUACACCCAGUGGUGUUGCAAUGCAUUAGGGGGAAAAUUUUGAAAGAUACCAAAAUAGAUCAAUGCUGAGGUUCUUCAAAGCACUGCAGCCUACAGUUAUUAAAUGGUUGAACGUGCAUCACAAAAGCAUUACCUGAACAUUAAAUAUGAGCAUCCAGGUACAGUUUAGUAGCUUUAUUCCUCCACUUUGCCUCACUGAUGAUCACAUGGCUGACUGCAGUCUCAGCCUACAGACUGCCAUUAGCCUUCAGUCCACUGUAAAACAUUCCCAGUCUCAUCGAUCAUCAAGAAACAUUCAUUUCAUGUGAAAUAUCUUGUUUGUUGCACCUUUAUUGGUGAGAUGUGACCAAAUGCAUUUCCUAGAUUGUAUCUGAACAUAUUCAUCAUAAACACACACACACACACACAGGCCAGAUCUUACCUCUCUGUGGUGAGCAGUUCCAUGAAUUCAGUUCUGAAUGCCUACAGGAUCUCAGAUUCCCACAUUGUGCCAUCCUUUACACUCAUCCUGAAAUCUUCAAUCUGUUUCUUUUCAACAAGCAAUUCAACAAUGUUUAUGCAGUUAACAUCCACUCUGUCAUCUUGCAUAUGGUAUUAUGUAAUAUAAUCCCCACAACCUUAAUUUAUCUAAUUUGUGUGCAAAGUAUGUUUUACUAAAUGACAAAGAAAUACUAACUGUGUACGCUGUAUCCUAGAUACCAGCGUUGUUGAAUUGCCUGCUAUUUUUGCUCUAGAUGAGAUCCAAUCACGUUUCCUGUAGCAGUUUUGUUCCGCUGACGAUCCACUCCGGUCUGUGCCAUAUCUCUGCAUUUCUGUAUAUACAGUUAAAUAAAUGUUAGAGCGGACAUCUUUUGCUCUUAUUUACUGAUGUGUCCUUAUUUACUGACUUCUGUCUUCUUUCUAUGUAUGUUUUUUUUUUCUUUCUCCAGUUUCUUAUGGACACAUUGUUCACACACAGUAUAUUAAGAAAGGAAGAAAACAUGACACUGUGUACUGAAAAUAAUAAAUAACGAGGCGGUGUGUUAUGGCUUGACGCAAACUGGAGUUACUCUUACCGCCCAGAAGAUUAUUUCCCAAUGACGGCAUGUCCCGAAGUGUUUUUUCCUGUUUCGUGAAGUUAAUAAGUCAAAACAUGCAGCAUGUCAUGUCAUGUUACGAAGACACAGCAAAGCCCUUCGUCCUGAAGACCCACUUUGUUAAAGUUAAAGAAAUAACUCAGUUACAAAGGCUGACACUGGAGAAAAGUGUCAUAUAAACUUUUAUUUAAAAACAACAACGACUGUGUUCUCUUUGCAUGGAGCGUCCAUCAGACAAGUCCCUGUAAAUCAGUUGUUACUAAUAAAAACAAUAACAUAUUGCACAGAACAUUUAAUAUACACCUGUGAUUUGUCUUGCAGCAAGAACUACUGUCAGAGCUGCUGUUAUAGAAUAUUAAUCAACACCUUAUGACCAAUCAGAACCAAGAAAUCAAUACCGCUCUGGAAUAAAUGUUUAUAUCGCACUGCUUGUGUAAAACAUUUGAACUGAAUAGGAAACUUCUGUGUUGUCAUAUACACCACAGCUCCUAGCUUGUAUGUGUGUAAUAUUUGGUUUGACCUAUCAUUAAGUAAUUUCUCAGCCCAGAUAAAAACACAACUAUGUUUUUUUGUGUUAGCGUUAUCUCUUACAGCCGAGUGCAAUCUGACUAACAAAGCUAGCUUGCUAGCUAACAAGUGCCUAAUAUCAAGAUGAAUAUGCCUGUCAGCUUGUGUUACAUUAGCAACUAAAGUGAACCAGAAUUUUUCGGACAAUCUACGAACACAUCUGAUAAGUCAUUGUUAGCUACAAGUCUGAAGGUUAAUUUGAAUUUCCGAAUAUAUUCCACAGUUCCAUGUUUGUCCAAUUUUCAUAGAAUUCUUAUCUGGCGGCUGCAUCAGGCUACUUUCCAACUGGGAUGAAGAAAUAGUGGCGGCAUUUUUAAGUGUCCAUGAAAAUAUUGUGCAUAUUUUUGGUAAUUUGGUAGUUUUAUACAGUAGCUAUCUCACCAACUAUAAAGUAUUUGGGAAUAAUUAUUAUUAUAGGAUAAAUAACUAUAUUUAUUGUUUUGAGUUUAUUUUGACUAAAAGUAUUGUGCAAUAUCCUCUCAUAGUUUUCAUUAGAUGUAAGCUGGUCUAAAUAUAAAAACAUAUGUACUAAAUGUAUGGAGAGAUGGACAUUUUUUGCAGAAACCUUUAGAAAACAGUACAUUAAAAUAUAAUAUACUGUGUAUAUAUAGGCCUGCCAUGAUUAGCUACUUUUGUUGGAUGAUAUAUUUUCCCAGAAAUAAUUGCGAUAAAUGAUAUUAUUAUUGGUGGCAUGGUGGUUUAGUGUUUAGCCUCGCACUCCAGGGUUGGGGGUUUGAAACCUGCCUCUGCCCUGUGUGCACGGAGUCCGCAUGUUGUCCCUGUGCUUUGGGGUUUCUUCUGGGUACUCCGGUUUCCUCCCCCCAGUCCAAAUACCUGCGUUGUAGGCAACCCUGUGUAGGUUAAGCAGUACAGAAAAUAGAUGGAUGGAUAUUGUUGUCAUUUUAAGACCAUUUUAUGCCACUGAUAUAAUAAUAAUUCCAGUAACAUAAUAAUGCACGUACACCCUUUCAAAGAGCAAUGCACUUUUAAAUCUACAGAAUAUUUAGACAUUAGAAUUUAUACAUAAUAAAAAAAAUAGUUUUUGUCUUCUGACGAAAAUAUCCUUUAAAUUUAGUCAAUAUUUCAUCG